AUGGAAUUGCAGUUUGGAGUUUUGCUGAUUUUGGUUUUGGUGGUAGCUUCAUCAGGGCAGGAGAGGUGUACCUGUGCGACCAAUAAGUGGACAGUAUGCACGCAGGAUAUAUCUGGGAUCUGCACCUGCACACUGGUAGGUUCAAAUCACAGGGUAAGUUGUUCAACGCUGACUUCAAAAUGCUUGCUGAUGAAGGCAGAAAUGAUCCCUCGCAAGGGCAAGCGCUUCCAUGGACCUCGCAAUGGGUUUGUAGAUAAUGAUGGCAUUUACAAUCCGGAGUGUGAGGACAGUGGUAUCUUCAAAGCCAGGCAGUGCAACCAAACUGAUACCUGCUGGUGUGUCAACACUGCUGGAGUAAGAAGAACUGAAAAGGGGGACAGAAGCCUAAGGUGCAGUGAACUGGUUAGAACAAGCUGGAUCUACAUUGAACUGAAACACAAAAAAAUGGCCAGUACCUUUGAAGAUCCCGAAGUAGCAAGUGCCCUGAAACGUCUGUUUCAGAACCGAUAUAAACUGCAUCCAAAGUACAUUGCAGAUGUGAAAUAUGAUUCCCCUUUUAUCCAAAUCCACUUAAGUCAAAAUGACUUUGAGAAAUCUGACAAUGAUGUAGAUAUAGCUGAUGUAGCUUAUUACUUUGAAAAGGAUAUAAAGGACAACUCCAUAUUUCACUCUAACAAUAGAUUAAAUGUGUCUGUUAAUGGAGAAGCUCUGGAUAUUGAAAAAAUACUAAUUUACUAUGUUGAUGAAAAGCCACCAGAGUUUUCUGCAAGACGUAUGAUUGUUGGUGUCAGCGUUGUGGUGACAGUGAUAACGCUGACUAUCAUCUUUGGGGUUACUGUGCUGGUUAUCCUGAGGUGGCAGCGGACAGGAAAAUAUAAAAAAAUUGAGAUUAAAGAAAUGAGUGAAAUGAGAAGAUCAACUUUACGGUUGCCUUAAUCUGAAAAAGGAAAUGCAACUUCAACAGUAACAAAAACAACAGAAGUAAAAAUUGCGAACCGAUUCAGUGUGCAUGGAUGGGUUUGGAGAGUGUCUUCUGUUUUACUAGGGAAUUGUUGGUGAUUUUUA